CUUUUGCCUUCCUGGUUUCUGAGGCCAUGCCCAAAGUGAAGAGGAGCAGGAAGCCUCCCCCGGAUGGCUGGGAGCUGAUUGAGCCAACGCUGGACGAGCUGGAUCAGAAGAUGAGAGAAGCGGAGACUGAGCCUCACGAAGGAAAGAGGAAAGUGGAAUCCCUUUGGCCUAUUUUCAGAAUUCAUCACCAGAAAACACGUUACAUCUUUGAUCUCUUCUAUAAAAGAAAAGCUAUCAGCAGAGAGCUCUAUGAAUACUGCAUCAAGGAAGGAUACGCUGACAAAAACCUGAUCGCAAAGUGGAAGAAACAGGGUUAUGAGAACCUCUGCUGCCUGCGGUGUAUCCAGACACGGGACACCAACUUUGGAACCAACUGCAUCUGCAGGGUCCCCAAAAGCAAGCUGGAAGUGGGGAGAAUCAUUGAAUGCACUCACUGUGGAUGCAGAGGCUGUUCUGGGUGAAGCCUUUAGCCAUAAGACUACUUUUUGAACUCAUACCUAUCAUCCUACACCAUGGACUAUUAGUGCAGUUGAAGCCACCUUCUGUGUGAUUGGGUAUUUCUGUAUAGCCAUUAGAACAGCAACGUAUUCACCUGGAUCAUAUAUACAAUGGUGGUUGUUUUGGAGUAGGUUUUUGUGUAGCCAUUUAUUUUAAAAUAAAGUCUGCCCUCCUGAGAGA